UGCCUGAAAAUAGGCUCCGCUGAGCCACCGCAGGACACCAACUCAUCCCUUGCCAGAGAUGGGUGCAGAUAGAGUGAAGCAACUCCGAGCUUGCCAGAAAUCGUUCUCUUCUGUUCAAGUCAGGCACACAACAAAUAAAGUCUCACCAGUUCUACAGUUCGGCAGAGAAAGCAGCACAUUUGGUGUCCCUCUGGAAACCCUCAUACCAGAUGCAACGCAAUGUGGAGUUCCUUUCCUUGUGACACAGAUGGUGGAGUACCUAGAAGUAUUUGGUCUGGAGCGUGUCGGUUUAUUUCGAAUCAGUGGCUCAGUAAGUAAAAUCAAGGAACUGAAGCAGAAAUACAAUCAAGGAGAAAAAGUUGACCUUAUUAAUGAUGGAGAUGUUGAUUCUGUGGCCAGUCUCCUGAAGCUCUUUCUGAAAGAAAUGCCAGUGGCUGUUUUUCCAGACAACAUUAGUUCUGGCUUGCUAAAAACUUUCCAAGAGCACAAAAUCCACACAAUGAAAUGCAUAGAGAACCUGAGACAGUUGCUCGGCUGCCUGCCCAAAGCCCAUCAAAACCUUCUUCAGUUCCUGUCUGCUUUCCUGUUAAAGGUAGCAACAUACAGUGCAGUGAAUUUCAUGACUCUGGAAAACCUAGCCAUUGUGUUUGGACCUGUUCUGUUCAAGAUCCCUGUUAGUCCCUUGGCUUGUGAAGAGCAAAGGCUUUACAAUGGCCUCCUGCUGUAUUUGCUUCAACACCAUGAGAUGCUCUUUGUUGACUUGAACCCUUGUUACUCACAGAGACAAGCAAAUGGCCUUCAGGAAAACAACACAGAAGAUGAAGAAAGAGACAGACUCAUGUUAUUAAGCAUUCAGGAUAAUUCCUUCAACACGACAGCUUUAGCAGAGUGUGAUGGGGAUUCGGAUUCUGUACAUGAAGAUCAAGCAGGCAGUUCCAGUCCCAGAGAUGAUGAUAACAAAGAAAAUUGCCCGGACAACGCUGCUGUCUUAGAGGAAAGGCAGCUGCCUUUGCAAGAUACUCAGCAGUACAAACAGCAGGCUGUAAUUGACUGCGCUGUAAAGCCUGAAAUGGGCAACUUAAAGCUAAGAAAACCUAAGCCCGUUGCAAAGCUAGAAAAUGAAAAAAGCCAUGAGGAAAGUCAGGAGCUGGAAAAUGCAUUGCCAGGCCUCUCAGAGUGGCAGGGGAAGGCUGGAUCCUCAACUAAUAACUAUGCUCAGAACAUGGCUUUGAGAUGCCAGGAAGCAGUCGUGAGAUUUCAACCAAGACUAGAUCAGAACAUAUGCAUUUCACCAAAAGAAUCAUCUGAGCAAUUUAACGGCUUAAAUGAGAAUUCUUUGUUGAAGCUACAAGCCCUCGAAACCGAUCUGUGCUCUGCAUUUCUGCCAACCCAGGAAGAAACUCCUCAGCUGCCGGCACCCAAGGAUCCAACCCCUUCAUCAGUCCAAACCAGUGCGCAAGCUGAUGGGGCUAGUUGUGGAGAGCAAUAUCACUUCAUUUCUCCUAUUAUUGAUUUUAAUUUAAUGCAUCAGCAGAGAGAUAGCGAAGAGCCUGUGCCAGCCCACAGAGACUGGCAGAAUGACAUGGACAGCAGCCCACAAGAACAUUGCUCCCUAGGGACCAGUCGACUGCUGUAUCACAUUACGGAUGGAGACAAUCCUCUUUUGUCACCACGCUGCUCUAUCUUUAGCCAAAGCCAGAGAUUUAAUCUAGACACAGAGUCUGCCCCUUCUCCACCAAGUGCUCAGCCUUUCAUGAUGCCAAGAAGUUCUUCUAGGUGUAACUGUGAAGAAUGCAAAGAACCACAAACAGUAGCACAACUGACCAAGCAUCUUCAGAGUCUCAAGAGAAAAAUUAGGAGGUAUGAAGAAAAGUUUGAGCAAGAAAAAAAAUACCUGCCUUCUCAUGGUGACAAGACUUCCAAUCCUGAAGUUCUGAAAUGGAUGAAUGAUUUGGCCAAAGGUCGUAAACAGCUCAAAGAGCUGAAACUCAGAAUGUCGGAAGAGCAAAACUGUACCUCUAGGGCACCCCAAAGAAAUGAUCAUUGUGAAGGCACUGGGACCUCUAAAGAGGCUGGGACACAGGAGGCAACAAGCAUGGAAUCAGCUCCCUCAGUAGAAGAAACCAUGGAUAGUGUGCUGAGACGAUUAAAGGAGAAAAGACAACACUUUAACCUUCCUGAGACUAUUAAGGAUAUGACAAAAAAGCAAAUGGCUUUGGAAAAAAUCAAUCUUCAGAAAUGUCUACUAUAUUUUGAGAGUAUUCAUGGACAAUCCGUAGCUAAGCCAGAAAAGAGUCUCAUGAAACCUCUUUACGACAGAUACAGAAUUAUCAAGAAACUUCUCGCAACGCCAUCUUUGAUCACAACAAUUCAGGAGGAGGAAGACUCAGAUGAAGACCAUUCUCAAGGCACCCACGAGUUAUCAUCUGGUCCAAUAUCUUGCCUCCCUGUUGAUGAGCACCUGUGUUACUCUCAGGAGGAGACUGAGCCUGCAUAUGUUUCACCUCUGGAUGAAAGGAAAGUUUUCAGGCAAACAGCCUUGUCUAUGUCUAAUUUACAUGAGGCAACAAUGCCUGUUCUGCUUGAACAUCUCAGAGAAACAAGAGCAGAUAAGAAAAGGCUUCGCAAAGCUCUGAGAGAGUUUGAGGAACAAUUCUAUAAACAAACAGGAAGGAGUCCUCAAAAAGAAGAUCGGGUGCCAAUGGCUGAGGAAUACUCUGAAUACAAGCACACAAAAGCCAAAAUCAGGCUUUUGGAGGUUCUCAUCAGUAAGCAUGAUAUUUCUAAAACAAUUUGAAGUUGCAAUGCUGUGGUAUUGUUCUCAAG